AAAUCGCUUUCAUGCCUGUGUCCCCACGCCUACGUGCAGACACAGUUUACGGCCGGCGAAUUCCGCGUCCGCGAUCCCACUUCUCCGUGGACGAAGACGCUAAUCCAAGUUGAGAUUGUGAGAGAGCUUGUUGAUCUCAAAGUCAACCAUCUUUCCAACGGUGUGAUGCUAAUGAGAGGCGACGCGACAGUGUCCUUUUCAACACUGAUGAAAAUAGCGCCGGCCGAUGACUACACUAUGGUGCCAUGA